GCUACAAGCCUAAGACUCAACAUGAAGCCCAGACAAUACAUAAACUUAAUUGUUUUAAUAUAUUGUGCUGGAAUCUCACAAGCAUCCUUGGAUAAUUUUGAUGCCAGCAGUUCAAAGCCCCAAUGUGACUUAUAUUGCUUUAAUAUUCUAAAGCCAUUGCUAACGCAUGCAAGUGAGACCAGAACUAGAAUUGAAAACUGCGAGAGUUCCGUGCACGACAAAGAAACACGCAUAGUGAACCUAGAGACUGAGUUAGAGUCGCAGAACUCAUAUGGAUCGUUUAUCGAUCAGCCGACUGAGCGAAGCUCCCGUAUGGAACAAUUAGAACUUGACCAAUGGUCCAUAUACAGUCCAACCGACUCAACGUACUCAGUUAGUUGUGCCGCCGAAAUCAGUAAGCUCCAAGAACAAAUUGCAGCACUCGAAGCGCAUGCUGUAACUGAAUCUAGUGUCCUGCACAUAAAGGACAAUUGGAUUGAGACAUUGAAGAUUGAGUUAGAGAGAUGUAGAUCAGACAAUCAGCCAGAGCUAAGCUCAAGCACGGGCUCAACAACAACAGACUCAGUUAGUUGUGUCGGCGAAAUCAGUGAGAUCGAGUUGCUCAGAGCACAAAUUGCAGCACUUAACAAAGAAAUCGAAGCUCUACGUCAAACAAAGCUCAGCUUUAGAGUUAGGCGCAAGGAGAGCGGCGACGUUAACGAUAAAUCCAUUAUGAACUGCGACUCGUUCGAGAACUCUUCAAGUGUUCAGCAAAUUUAUAUUCCCGGUGUGGGAAACUGCUCGGUGCUCUGUGAUAGUCUCACCGCUGGAUCUGGCUGGACAGUCAUUCAACGUCGCUUCGAUGGCAGCGGCGACUUUUACAAGAACUGGCAGGAGUACAGCGAUGGCUUUGGUUCUCUAGAUGGAGAGUUCUUCAUUGGCUUAGAAAAAAUCCAUGGCAUGACCAAGUCCUUGCGCUAUGAGCUAAUGAUUGUACUCACCGAUUUCCAUGGAGCUGAGGUCUACGCAACUUAUGACAACUUCCGUCUUGGCAGCGAAGCCGAAAGAUACAAACUGAAGUCAUUAGGUGCAUAUAACGGCACUGCGGGUGAUAGCUUGGUAAACAGCUUAGACGCCAGUUUUACGACCUAUGAUCACGAUCAUGAUAUGUGGGGUGGCAAUUGUGCGAAAUACUAUAAUAGUGGCUGGUGGUUUAAGUGGGACACUUAUAGCAAUCUUAAUGGAGUAUACGCAAAUGAAGAAGAGUCUUAUCGAAAUGGCAUUUGGUGGUGGACUUGGCGUAAUUAUGGUGUUGCCAAAACAGUUCAAAUGAUGAUACGACCCUGGAAGAAAUAAUUUAAUCUCAAAACAAGUUAAAGCUAUACCUCCCAAUACUAUAUGCAUAUUAUUUUAAAUACUCUUAGCACAGCUUAUAUGUGUGAAUAAAUUUACUAGCUAUGCUUAUCAACUUGGCUAUUCAAAACAUGCGCUUGGCUUCAAUCACACCAAGCAAU